AUGCUGCCCCCUCUGCGCUCCCUCCUUCUGGCCCUGGGCCUGGGCCUGGCUGGAGCCCUCAACCCCAACGACCCCAACACCUGCAGCUUCUGGGAAAGCUUCACCAUCACCACCAAGGAGUCCCACUCCCGCCCCUUCAGCCUGCUCCCCUCGGAGCCCUGCGACCGGCCCUGGGAGAGCCCCCACAGCUGCCCCCAGCCCACGGUCAUCUACAGGCCGGUGUACCGCCAGGUGGUGAGGACAGAGCACCGGAAGCGUCUGCGGUGCUGUGUGGGCUUCUACGAGAGCCGGGGCACCUGUGUCCCUCUCUGCGCCCAGGAGUGUGUCCACGGCCACUGUGUGGCUCCCGAUCGGUGCCAGUGCGUGCAGGGCUGGCGGGGCAGCGACUGCUCCAGCGCUUGUGCCCCAGGCAUGUGGGGGCCUCAGUGUGACAGGCCCUGCCACUGCGGGAACAACAGCUCCUGUGACCCCAAGAGUGGAGCCUGCUUCUGCCCCUCCGGCCUGCAGCCCCCACGCUGCCUCCAGCCCUGCCCCUCUGGCCAGUACGGUCCUGCCUGUCAGUUACCCUGCCAGUGCCAUGGAGCACCCUGUGACCCUCAGACCGGAGCCUGCUUCUGCCCCCCAGAGAGAACGGGACCCAGCUGUGAGAUGUCCUGUCUCCCCGGCAUCGUUGGCUUCUGCCCCAGCACCUAUCCUUGCCACAACGGGGGUGUCUACCAGGCCUCCCAGGGCUCCUGCAGCUGCCCACCUGGUUGGAUGGGCACCAUCUGCUCCCUGCCCUGCCCAGAGGGCUUCCAUGGACCCAACUGCUCCCAGGAGUGCCACUGUCACAAUGGUGGCCUCUGUGACCGAUUCACUGGCCAGUGUCGCUGCGCUCCGGGCUACACGGGGGAUCGGUGCCGUGAGGAGUGCCCCGUGGGCCGCUUCGGCCAGGACUGUGCCGAGACGUGCGACUGCGCCCAGGGCGCGCGCUGCUUCCCGGCCAAUGGCGCGUGUCUGUGCGAACACGGCUUCACCGGGGACCGCUGCACCGAGCGCCUCUGCCCCGACGGCCUCUACGGCCUCAGCUGCCAGGAGCCCUGCACCUGUGACCCAGAGCACAGCCUCAGCUGCCACCCGAUGAGCGGCGAGUGCUCGUGCCUGCCGGGCUGGGCCGGCCUGCACUGCAACGAGAGCUGCCCGCAGGACACGCACGGGCCCGGCUGCCAGGAGCACUGCCUCUGUCUCCACGGCGGCGCGUGCCAGCCCGACAGCGGCUUGUGCCGGUGCGCGCCCGGCUACACGGGCCCGCACUGCGCCAGCCUCUGCCCCCCCGACACCUAUGGAGUCGACUGCAAGGCGCGCUGCUCCUGCGACCACGCCAUAGCCUGCUCGCCCGUCGACGGCGCCUGCGUCUGCAAAGAGGGUUGGCAACGUGGUAACUGCUCCGUGCCCUGCUCCCCCGGAACCUGGGGCUUCAGUUGCAAUGCUAGCUGCCAGUGUGCCCACGAGGCAGCCUGCAGCCCCCAAACUGGAGCCUGUACCUGCACCCCUGGGUGGCAUGGGGCCCACUGCCAGCUCCCCUGCCCGAAGGGGCAGUUUGGUGAAGGCUGUGCCAGCCGCUGUGAGUGUGACCACUCUGACGGCUGCGACCCUGUUCGUGGACACUGCCGGUGCCAGGCUGGCUGGACGGGGACCCGCUGCCACCUGCCUUGCCCCAACGGCUUCUGGGGAGCCAACUGUAGUAAGAGCUGUACCUGCAAGAAUGGGGGCACCUGCGUCCCCGAGAACGGCAAUUGCGUGUGCGCCCCCGGAUUCCGAGGCCCCUCCUGCCAGAGAUCCUGCCAGCCCGGCCGCUAUGGCAAACGCUGUGUGCCCUGCAAGUGUGCCAACCACUCCUCCUGCCACCCCUCGGAUGGGACCUGCUACUGUCUGGCCGGCUGGACAGGCCCCGAUUGCUCCCAGCCAUGCCCUCUAGGACACUGGGGAGCCAAUUGUGCCCAGCCCUGCCAGUGCCAGCAUGGAGGCACCUGCCACCCCCAGGAUGGGAGCUGUUUCUGCCCCCCAGGCUGGACUGGACACCUCUGCUUGGAAGGCUGCUCUCCCGGGACGUUCGGAGCCAACUGCUCCCAGCCAUGCCAAUGCGGUCCUGGAGAGAGGUGCCACCCGGAGACUGGGGCCUGUGUGUGCUCCCCAGAGGACAGCGGUGCACCCUGCAGGAUUGGAAACCAGGAGCCCUUCACCAUGAUGCCUACCUCUCCGGUGACCUAUAACUCGCUGGGGGCAGUGAUUGGCAUCGCAGUGCUGGGGUCCCUGGUGGUGGCCCUGCUGGCGCUGUUCGUUGGCUACCGCCAUUGGCAAAAAGGCAAAGAACAUCAACACCUGACGGUGGCCUACAGCGGCGGGCGCCUGGACAGCUCCGAGUACGUCAUCCCAGAUGUCCCCCCGAGCUACAGCCACUACUACUCCAACCCCAGCUACCACACCCUGUCACAGUGCUCCCCGAACCCCCCGCCCCCUAACAAGGUUCCAGGCAGUCAGCUGUUCACUAGCCUCCAGGUCCCCGAGCGGCCAGGGGGUGUGCAUGGCCUGGAUAACCACAGCACCCUGCCUGCUGACUGGAAGCACCGCCGGGAGCCCCCACCAGGGCCUCUGGACAGGGGUAGCGGCCGCCUGGACCGAAGCUACAGCCCCGGCUCCAGCAGCCACGGAGGCCCAGGCCCGUUCUCUAGCAAAGGGCCCAUCUCUGAGGAGGGGCUGGGGGCCAGCCUGGCUUCCCUGAGCAGCGAAAACCCCUACGCCACCAUCCGGGACCUGCCCAGCCUCCUAGGGAGCCCCCGGGAGAGCAGCUAUGUGGAGAUGAAAGGCCCUCCCUCAGGGUCCCCCCCCAGGCAGCCCGCUCAGCUCUGGGACAGCCAGAGGCGGCGCCGCCCCCAGCCACAGAGAGACAGUGGCACCUAUGAACAGCCCAGCUCUCUGACCUAUGACCGAGCCUCUGUGGGCUCCCAGCCCCCACUGCCUCCGGGCCUGCCCCCUGGCCACUACGACUCACCCAAGAACAGCCACAUCCCGGGACACUAUGACUUGCCUCCAGUACGGCACCCCCCGUCACCCCCGCUCCGGCGCCAGGACCGCUGAGGGGUCAGGAUGGCAUGCAGGGACCAGCAUACCCGUUCUUUGCUGCCCGAGGUUGGGGACAGAGCCUGCUGUACCCUGCCAGGAGCAGGGAGAGGACCGGCAGACCGUGAACAUGAGCACGUUUACUAGAGGAAGUGAAUGUGGAGGGGACAGGGCCUGGCUCCCAGCUUCCAGCGUGGGAGACCCUGGUCAGCAGGAAGCCCGCGUUCCCUUUCAUCCAUGUUCCAAC